GGGAUGGAACGGACCGCAUCUUCACUCACCGAGCCACACGCAUGUCAUGGACCCGUUCCACGGCAUACUCAUCGCGGCGGCCAUCCUCGUGCUGUUCCUCAUCUUCGUCGCCUUCCCGCUCAGCUUCCUCCGCUACUACUUCAGCACCAGCGUCGCCGAGGUGCCCGCGCCGAGGGGCGUCGGCACGGAGCUGCUGGGCUCGCUGCCGGUCACGGUGUACCGCACGGAGGACCACGUCGGGGUGCUGGAGUGCGCGGUGUGCCUGGCCGGGCUCCAGGACGGGGAGCAGGCGAGGUUCCUGCCCUGCUGCGGCCACGGGUUCCACGCCGGGUGCAUCAGCGCGUGGCUGGCGUCCCGCCCCACCUGCCCGCUCUGCCGGGUCACCGUCGUCGGCAAGCUUCCCGACGCGCUUACAUCGACGAGUCUCCCUCCCACACCGCAGGAGCCCGCGAAUUACGCCGGGAACCUGCCGGCGAGUGUGCUGAUGCUCGGGGUUUCAGACCAGGCCACGCUCGGCGCGGUGACCGUGGCCUCUGAUGGAGAGGCCGCUCCGCCCUUGCAACGGCAGCGGUGCUGGUGAUUGAUAUUCCGGGGUCAAGUCAAGGAUGGUGGCGCGACGAGUCCAAGUCUCCGGGCAUGUUCAAGAGGCUGUGGAGCUUCGGGAGGCAAGAACCGUCGGCGUCCACUACGGCUUGCUCCGGCGGCAGUGGCAACGGAACAGGCAGCAGAUGUAGAGCUGGUAGCAUCACCUGUGCUGUGCAUGCAACCCCGAGAGCUCCGUUGUAGGUGAAGCAUAGAGCCGGAAAUUGUCACCGGAUGUGCCGCCCAGAGAUCAACUCCAACGCCCAAGCUCUGCAUAUAUUUGCAUGCUGGUAUGGGACAUAGAUAUUCUUAGAUUUUCAUUAAAAAAAAUGAUAUUCUCCAGCCUAGGAAUUAGUAGUUCCAUGCGUGUAUGAUCGUUUUACUCACGUCAUUUUUAAGACACGUCGCUUAGCGGCUAAGUCAUUUUCCAACGCCUCUGCUAUGUGGAGGAAUUGGCUUUACCAAUCAGGUGGCUCGAGCUCAGCAUAUGUGGCCAGGUGGUGGAGUAUUUCGGAUUCCUGUUAUCUCAUUAUUAUCCAUGCAUUUUGUAAUCUAUCUAA